UUUGGUUUAUGGAGCUGUUUUGGUUUUCUCCGAUUCUUAUUUGUGUCACAGUUUAACGUGAAAAAUGAACUAUAUUUACUCUUUUUCUGCGAUUUUCAUUCUAUUUGCACUAUUUUCUGUCUGUGAUGCUCAGUAUGAAGAUGUGCGAUGUAAAUGUAUAUGUCCCAGUCCUGAAGUUGUUAAAGGAAAUAAAACCGAAAGAAAGCUUUAUAUCGCCAAUGUUAAACCAUCUCAAUGUAAAUGUGAAGGUGUUGUAAUGCCACAAGCUGAUGACUAUGUGAGAGUUAAAGAAAAAGAGUUUUGUCCUAGAUGUGAAUGUCGUUAUGAAAGAAGAAACACCAUGACUAUAAAAGUUGUUGUCAUCAUUAUUAUUUGGGUAAUUUCAUUGUUGACUGUAUAUAUGUUGUUUUUGAUGUGCUUGGAUCCCCUACUAAACAAAAGAAGAACAGCUUAUCAUGAGCAUACCAAUGAAGAAGUCACUCUGGAUGUACCUAUGCCAACUAUUCCAAGACCUAGAGCAGGAAGCAGUAAUGUUUUAAAUAGAGUUGGUCUACAGCAAGACAGGUGGAAAAGACAAGUUCAGGAGCAGAGGCGAAAUAUUUAUGAUCGUCAUACCAUGCUGAAUUAAAUAACCUUUUUGACUCUAGUUGACACACUAUGUAUAAAUAUAAUGUAUAUUCAUAUAGAUAUAUUUGUGUGUGUAUGUGUUACUGAAACUUUUAUAAUUAAUGAAGUGUAAGAUCCUUUAGGAUUUAUUAGUUUUAUUUUUCCCAUAUUCACCAUAUUGUGUGAAACAAUUUGUUAUUGAUGCUAACAUUUAUCAAACUGGAUUUUAUUUAAUAUUAUUGUACUUAUGAGUUUCUAUUAUAUUGUAAAUAUGAUC